GGCGCUGACCCGGCUCUGUGAUGAUAGAGGAAUGAAUAGUCGGCGUUAGGACCCCGGAGCAGCCGCCGGUGUGAGGGGGUGUGUCCUCACAUGUGGAUACAUUGUAUCUGCGGGAAGACGCUCCGGCCACACACACACACACCGCCGCCAUGUACCCGGCGCUGCUGCCGCUCAUGCUGCUCCUCCUCCCGGCUCCGGCGCUGCAGAAGGACCGAGACUUCUACUCCUUCCAGCUGGUGAACAUCCGGGGAAAGCUGGUGACUCUGGAGAAGUACCGGGGGUCGGUGUCUCUGGUCGUGAAUGUGGCCAGUGAGUGUGGCUUCACGGACGGACACUACAAGGCACUACAGAAGCUGCAGCGGGAGCUGGGACCCUACCACUUCAAUGUCCUGGCCUUCCCCUGUAACCAGUUUGGACACCAGGAGCCAGGCAGCGAUCGUGAGAUUGAAUCAUUUGUCAGAAAGAGCUACAGCGUUUCCUUCCCCAUGUUCAGUAAGACGGCGGUCGCUGGUACCGGAGCCAACACUGCCUUCAAGUAUCUGGCUGAGUCCUCCGGUAAAGAACCAGACUGGAAUUUCUGGAAAUAUCUUAUCGGACCAGAUGGGAAGGUGGUGGAGGCAUGGGGUCCAUCCGAGUCUGUGGAGAAAGUAAGACCUGACGUUAUGGAGCAGGUGAGGAAACUGAUCUUGAAGAAGAAGGAGGAGCUGUGACCCUCGCGUGUAGACGCUGCCGCCGCAGCUCCGGGAAUGUGACAAGUCUGCGUCCGUGGUUUUUUAUAACGAGCUCAGAUUUGACUGACCGACCGUAUCAUCUGUUUAGAGAUUCUUUCUGCAAUAAUGGAAAACACUAAGUGGUUGAUGUUACCAUGGAAACGCAUUGUCGCCAAUAUCCGUCAGUAUCCAUCCACUCUCACAAUAAGACGUGACUGAGCACAGCACACGCAGAGGAAUACCUCAUGGGACGCCAUAAAAGAGAAACCGUUAACGGUGACAAAGUCUAUAUGUCUAAAGGGUGUGUGUGGGUGUAGGGAAUUGGCGCUGG